GCAGCUUUACAGAGAAACUUCAACACCACAGCCUGACUGACCACCACUCAGCCGCUCAGAUUACAGUGUGCUCAGUACACACAGAACUGCUGCCCCGAGUACACCUCUUACAGGAGUCGGACUGUAGCCUCUUUCUCACACCAUGAGCAAAGAGAUGGAAAUGAAGGAGGUCGAGCUGAACGAGCUGGACCAGGAGAAGCAGCCGAUGACCGGAGAGACCCCGGCGGGCACGGAGAAGAACGGCUGUGUGAAGGUGAAAGUCCCGGAGGACACCGAAGUCAAAUUCACCGGCCUGUCCAAAGAAGAGCUGCUGAGAGUGGCCGGGACUACAGGAUGGGUGCGGACUCGCUUGAUCUUACUGGUUCUGUUCUGGCUUGGCUGGGUUGGAAUGCUGGCUGGGGCAGUGGUGAUCAUUGUUCAAGCUCCACGUUGUAAGCCCAUCCCUGAAAUGCACUGGUGGAAUGAGGGUCCCCUUUACCAGAUAGCUGAUGUGAAUGCCUUCGCUGAAAACAAAGGCUUGAAAGGAGUGGAGGAAAAGCUAGACAACCUGAACCAGCUGAAGGUGAAAGGGUUAAUUAUUGGCCCUAUACACAGAGUGCAGGCUGACCAUCCAAAAACUCUUAAUUUUACGACUAUUGAACCUGUGGUGGGCAGUGAGAACGACCUGAACAGCCUGCUUGAAAAAGCUCACAAGAAGGGUAUCUCCAUAGUGCUGGAUUUGACACCCAACUACAAGGGCGCUGAGGCUUGGUUCAACAAUAUUCAGGCUGUUGCUUCACAAUUUAAGGAUGCAUGCGCCUACUGGCUCCACAAAGGAGUGGAUGGCGUCCUUGUGUCUGAUCUGGAAAAACUAGUGGCGUCUCAGGCCUGGCCAAUUUUCCAGCCUUUGUUUCAAACCAAUGCCACAGAAGGGACUAAGAAAACGGCUAUGAUGGGCAACUUCACCUGGAAGUCUGCAGAUAAUGCGUCUCAGCUUCUAAAUGCUUCUGGAGUCGACCUGUUGCUGACUAGUUUGCCAGACCUAACCAAGCGUGGUUUGGAACUGGAUCAAUACAUCAAUAAGCUCUAUUCUAGCCACCCUCAGAACAGUCUUGGCUGGAGCCUGAGUGGCCGCAUCACCUCCGGAUUUCCAGAUUUGCCCAUACGCCUUUACCAUAUGCUGCUCUUUACCCUGCCUGGAACGCCAGUGUUUAACAAUGGAGAUGAGGUUGCACUAAAGCUUGGGGAACCUCUUAAUGCAAUCUGGGACCUGGAAAGUCCACCUGAGGAGAAAAAUGAAACAGCAAAGAUUGUAAGAGAAAAACGCAGUGAGGUGCGAAGCUUCUUCAAGUCUCUCAGUGACCUGAAAGGUAAAGAGCGAGCUCUUCUGCACGGAGAGUUCAUCUCUCUCCACAGUUCUGCCUCCUCGUUCGCCUUCCUGCGCCUGUGGGAUCAGAGCGAGCGAUUCAUCACCGUCUUAAACUGGGCAGAAACUCCCGUCACCGUAACGCUGACACACAGCGACCUGCCGGCUGAGGCUCGCGUCCGCAUCAGUAUGGAUGUGGAGAAGCUAGCUGUAGACAGCAUGAUGUCACUAGAAAAGCUGGAGUUAGGGCCUAAACAGGCUGUGUUACUGUCUUAUCCUUAUGCAGGAUAAUGAUAAAAUAAAUAAUAAAAUACUCACACAAGCAGAGAUUCUCUGAACACUGUUUUAGCACCGUCUGUAAUGUUAAAGAUAAUUAUGACAGUUAUGUUCUGUCUGACCACAUCAUUCUCUGCUCCAUUUCAGCUUAGAAAUAUAGAAGUAUGCGUGCUCUUUCACAGAAUAGGUAAAUCUCCAACAAAUGUAUUUAAGAUUAGAGGUGGGCAAUAUGAAGAUGAGACAAUAUUUUCUCAUUAUAUCAACAAUAUUCUUUUUUUAGGCUUAUCAAGGCUAUCAUAGAAGCUUAAAGAACACUGACCAAUCUGUACACUUCCUUACAGAGUGUAAAAAAUUGUGUUUAAUAGAUGAUGUGCAGCAAAAACAGAAUAAAAAUCACAGUGCUGUGUAUAAAAGAAAAUUAAAAUAGUAGUUUUAAGAAUCUACUACUGCUAAUGCAUUUUAUCUGUGUUGAAACAUACAAGAAUAUUUUUACCAUAUUGCCCAGCUCUACUUCAGAUUACAUUAACAAAGAUUUUAGGAGCACUAUAUAAAACACUUAAACUGUGUUGUCAAAAUCAGAGGGUCACUGAACAUUCCAGCAAUGUGUGUAAACUGGAUAUGGAAUAUGAAAUAAUAAACAGUUCCACUGCA